CCACGGCAACGCGGCCAUACUGGCCCCAACGGACCCCGGAGCCUGGGGCUGCAGCGCGGCGGCCUCGUGGGCAGAGCCAGAGCAUGGACAGUCUCUUCGUGGAGGAGGUGGCGGCCUCCCUGGUCAGGGAAUUCCUCAGCAGAAAGGGCUUGAAGAAGACGUGUGUGACCAUGGACCAGGAACGCCCACGCUCUAACCUCAGCAUAAACAGCAGAAAUGAUCUCCGAAAGGUUUUGCAUCUUGAAUUUCUCUACAAGGAGAACAAGGCAAAGGAAAAUCCUCUAAAAACAAACCUUGAACUCAUUACCAGAUAUUUUCUGGAUCAGUUCGGAAAGACUGCUAACAAUUUCACUCAAGAAACUCCAAUCCCUGCACUCUCACUUCCAAAGAAAAAUAACAAAUUACCAUUGAGAUGCUCAGAGACCACGCUGGUAAAUAUAUAUGACCUUGCAGAUGAAGAUACAAGCUGGAGAACAUCACUGUCAGAAACAAGCAAAGCCAGGCAUGACAAUCUUGAUGGGGAUGUACUUGGUAAUUUUGCAUCGUCCAAAAGGCCCUCACACAGAAGUAAGCCCGUGCAGACUGUCCCAGCUGAAAGCCCCCCUGUGGCUCCUGCUUGGGAGAAGAUGGACAAGCUGCAGUCGUCAGAGCCUUCCUUGGACACAAAAAAGAUGGGAGAGAAGAUCAGGCCAAAGUCUGGCCUGAUUGUCCGAGGCAUGAUGGCCGGGCCCAUCGCCAGCUCCUCACAGGAUUCCCUCCACAAACGCUCCAUGAGGCGGUCCCCGGCCUUGAGCAGUCGGGCCCAGGCGCAGGAGGAAGGGAGCCCACCAGUGCCUGAGCUCUCAGCUCACACCCCACCCUGUCCCGCCCCGCAGGAGGGCCGGGCUGCAGGCACCGGAUCCACCCCCAGGAGUCCCCUGGACCCGCUCAGUCAGCUGACCUCGGAAAAGCGGAGAACCUCGCCCAGCAGCCCACCUCACCUGCCGGGCAAAGGGCUGCCCCAGAGGGGGAGUGGCAGGUGGCGAGAUCUUUUAGAGGACAGCCCAGCCGUGGACUGCGGCCCAGAAGCCGACAGGACCGCCUUGAAGUUCUCCUUGUUUGGUGGGAGUGCCCGAACGAGCCAGGAGAGCCCAGAAAGAGCGUUCAAGUGGCAGGGGAGCCAGCCCCCCGCCCUUAGGAAAAGUCAGUUGCCAGUGUCCAACAAAGUCGACAAUGAGCCGGGUGUUCUGCAGCUUGAGGAUGUGGAGGACGAACUGGUCAGGGAAGAAGUCAUCCUGUCUCCAGUCCCGUCAAUGCUCAAGCUGCAAGUAGUGUCAAAGCCCAUCGACCUCUCAGUGGCAAAGGACAUAAAGACCCUUCUGUUUGGGUCCAGCUUUUGCUGUUUCAAUGAAGAGUGGAAACUUCAGAGUUUUUCCUUUAAUGACGCAGCCUCGUUAAAGUAUGGCAUUGUGCAGAACAAGGGUGGUCCCUGUGGGGUUCUGGCGGCUGUCCAAGGCUGUGUUCUACAAAAACUCCUGUUUGCAGGAGAUAGCAGAGCCGACUGCGCUCGGCAGCUGCAGCCUUCGAACGCCCACAGGACCCACUGCCUGGCCCUGGCCAUCGCGGACAUUGUGUGGCGGGCUGGGGGCCAUGAGAGAGCUGUGAUCACACUGGCUUCGGGAACACAGCAGUUCAGUCCAACAGGGAAAUACAAAGCAGAUGGAGUCUUAGAAACAGUACGGCUUUCUGGAAAAUUAUCACGCAAGCUUUGGCUUUGUUUGGGGACAAUCUCCUUUCAUAUAACUCAUCCUCACAGCUUGACCUGCUUUGAGGAGCUGGUGACUUUUCUUCAGCAGAGUGUCCAUCAGUUCGAGGCAGGCCCCUACGGAUGUGUCCUGCUCACCCUGUCGGCCAUCCUGUCCAGGUCCACAGAGCUAAGAUGCCUGAAUGUGCCGCGGGAAGCAUUUCCAUCAAUUCUUCUGCCGGAGCCGGUACCAGUCGAGCGCUGCCCUCGGCUCCUUGUCCCCCUUCCCCCUAGCCGGCUCCAUCCCAGGCCCGCUGGGCUGUCUUCCGGGGUGAGGCCCGCCUCCAAGGCCUUUCCCAAGGAGCCCUGGCCUCCGUGGUUCUCAGCUGGCCCUGCAGUGCCAGCCCAGCCCGUCCUCUCUUGUGGACCACAAACCAUCCCCGUGGGGCCACGCGUCCGCCAGGACUUCGACGUCCCCACCAACCACCUGAUUGGAGCACACGGAUACUGCACGCAGGAACUUGUCAAUCUGCUCCUGACCGGGAAAGCUGUGUCCAAUGUUUUCAAUAACGUGGUCGAGCUGGACUCUGGGGACGGGAACAUCACGCUCCUCAAAGGCAUCGCCACACGCAGUGACGUCGGCUUCCUGUCUCUCUUUGAGCACUACAACGUGUGCCAGGUUGGCUGCUUCCUGAAGACGCCGAAGUUCCCCAUCUGGGUGGUAUGCAGCGAGAGCCACUUCAGUGUCCUCUUCAGCCUGCAGCUGGAGCUCCUGAGUGACUGGAAGACCGAGAGGCUUUUUGACCUGUACUACUACGACGGUCUGGCCAACCAGCAGGAGCAGAUCCGGCUGACCAUUGACACCUCCCAGACCGUCCCUGAGGACAGAGACAGUGACCUCGUCCCGCCCCUUGAGCUCUGCAUCAGAACCAAGUGGAAGGGGGCGUCGGUGAACUGGAAUGGCUCAGACCCCAUCCUGUGACCCUUCAUGUUGGUAAGCCCCAUGGCUCCACCGCUCAUCACUGGGGGUGACGGCUGAGCCCCAGGCUUCAGGGACAAGUCUCUCAGAAGAGUGUCACCCACACCUGGGCCAGUGCUGCUGCAGAAGCAUCCAGAACCUCCCUGCCCCUGCCAUGGAGGGCCCGCCCAGGACUGUGACGAGGGCCCAGGGUGUUGCUACUCGCCCCACCCUCCUUCCUCCUUGCGCUGUGACUGCCCAGGACUGGAAGGAGGCUGGCCCCGGCUCUGCUGCUUUUCUUCUGCAUCCCUUCCUCCCUCCCUGCUGGGCCACCCCCUCACCAAGCCUCUGACCUGGUUGGCCCGGGGGCCCUGGGCGCUCCGUAUUUCUCAUAGUUGGCUUUCUAUAAAGCAGGAGUCAAACCCAU